CUGAUCUCUCUCUCCUCUUUCGCGCUACUAGUCGAGACCCUCGCUGCCUACCACUCGCAGCUGGGGAGCCAGCACCCGACUUUGGUCGUGCAGGCCUCGGCGUUGACCACGGAGUCUGGUUUCUACUACUCGUUCUACGAAGAAUUUAUCCGCGCGGAGAGCUGGGCCGACGCGUGGAGGCAGCUGCUGUUUGACGAGAGGUCGGAAUAUCCGAACAAUAUCAACGCGUUGUCGCGCUUCAACAUUUACGCAGAGGUGUCAUGCGGGGUUUUGUUCCGCGCGGUGCAUGACUGCCACGAGCUGUGGGUUGCGUUUAUGGCGCUUGAAGACGAGCAGUCAACUUCCACUACAACCUCCAGCACUAGACGCUGGUCGGUGGAAGAAGUCACGCUGUACUCCUGGCAUUUCUACCAAUUGGUGUUGUUCCUGAUCAACGCCCUGGGACAGGGAGCACUGGUGGCAAUGGCGUUCGAGUUCGUGCCGAGGGUGAAGAUAAUGGUGACGCGUGGUGAAGAACAAGAAGAGACAAGCGAUGAUGGCGAGGUCGUGUUCACCUCCGCACAGCAAGAGGAGCAAGGAGGGGUACAACUACAGGAUACUAGUAGUGUUGACGCUCGAAAUCGCAGGGCAGGAAGUGGGUUUUCACUUCAAGGAGGAGACGACUGUGACAUGGAGGAUCAGCAGGUCGUCGUGGAUCGACGUCCCGGAAUGACGUCACACAAAAAGGUUGACGAGCAGCAGGACCCACUUGACAAAGAAGGUGCAACUGAGAAAGGAACCGGAAAUUUGUCGCGACAUAGCAAUAAUUUCUCCCCGCGACGUAGUUGUCGCACCCCCGCGGCCGGCGUAGUUCAAGUUUUCGUCCUGCAGCAGGCCUGCAUUUCUUCUCUUUGCG